UGAACACAUGUUUUGCUGCGAAAUGUGUUAAAGUUUUUUGAAUCGAGUUUUCAUUGAAUCGUUUGAAUUGUUUUGUGUUUUAAUUGCCAUUAAAUUCAUUGUAAACGAUGUCUGACGUGAAGACAAACCAAGACAUGGUUGGGAAGAAGCGUCGCAAACGGCGAGUGACUGAUGAGGUGAGUGAACAGGUCUUGGAGGCCAUAGUCUUCGGCAAAGAAUUGGAUGUUUUGGAGAAAAUCAGCAAAAAAUGCAAAAACAAAGAAACGGAUCCAAAGGUGGAGUUCUUCGAAGACAAGAGUCUCGCAGACCAUCGGGUGGUGAUCGACAGCGACGGUAGUGAUGGCAGCGGAGGGUCUGAUGAGUCGGAUUCGGGCGAUGAAAUGGAUGACACGAAAAGUGAUUUCAAUUUAAGACGAGUCGCUGAAGAAGUGAUGGACAGCGAGACCAAGAAGAAGAGUGUUUGGAGUGAUUCCGAUGACUAUAUCGAUGUGUCGGACGCUAUGAAGGACUGCAGAAAAUUACCGAAAAGAGUGACCAAAGAAGACAAAUAUAAAGACUAUUUGGAGAAUAAAUUCAAUGAUUUGUAUAAAACGCCGAAAUGGGCGCAAAUGGCAGACAAAGACAAGUCGAGUGACGACAGCGACAGUGAUAGCGACGAAGACGUGGAUCAGACGGCGCAGAGGUUUAAGGCGAGGUCUCAAGGCCUGGAUAAGAGGUUUUUGGCGUUUAAGAAGUGCACGCAUUUGACAAAUGACCACAAAAUGAAGUCAUCGCUAAAUUGUGUUGAGUUUCAUCCGACCUCAACGGUGGCGAUGGUGUCGGCGCCCAACGGAACGGUACGCCUAUUCCAAGUGGACGGCAAAAUCAACGCCAGAAUACAAAGCAUUCAAUUCAAGGACUUUAUGAUAGAAACGGCGAAAUUCAACAAAACGGGCGAAGAGUUGAUUGUGGGCUCGAAGAGAGAGUCCGGUUAUUACUACUAUUACGAUAUGAUUGUCGGAAAGAUUGUGAAAAUACCGUUCAUUAGAGGCAAACAAAAGCUGUCGUUAGAGAAGUUUGUUCUCUCGGAUGACCACAAACUGAUUGCUUCCAAAGGAAACAAUGGUUUCAUUCACGUGUUGACCGCAAAAACCAAAGAACAUAUCUUUGACCUCAAAAUGAACGGAGAGGUGAUGUCAUUGGACUUCAGCGAAGACUCUAACCUACUGUUCAGUCAUGGAAAUGAGGGUAAAGUGUAUGUCUGGGAUGUGAGGACAAGAAAGUGCGUCAAUAGGUUUGUGGACGAGGGAUGUGUGACCGGCACUGCCAUCAGACUGUCGCCCGACUCGAAGUACUGCUGCACCGGAUCCGAUAUGGGGGUCUUAAAUGUGUAUAAAUAUAGUGAUGUCUUAACGCAAACGCAACCGAAACCACUGAAGAGUUUAAUGAAUUUAACGACAGAAAUAUCACAUUUGAAAUUCAAUCACACCUCAGAGUUAUUGCUGAUGUCGUCCACGGCUAAGGAUAACAGUGUUAAAUGCGUUCACAUGAAUACGUUAACUGUUUAUCGAAACUUCCCGUUUGCGGCCAAAAAUUAUGGCCGUAUUUACGAUACAGACAUUUCCCUCAAUAGCGGUUACCUUACGUUCGCCACGAAUGGCGGAACCGCUCACCUCUUUAGGCUAAAUAGUUUUGGCGAUUAUUAAGUACUUUAAAGUUAUCGUUAUAUUUGAGUACAGAUUUUUAGAAAUCUCUAAUUGAUAUGAAUUGUCACAUAAAUUAUGUAUAUUUUAAUUAUACCGUAAAUGAAAUAAAAAUUAUUUUUACCGGC